CGUGAGCGCUCAGCACUUUGUGGUUUGGCGGUUAUUUGCCCGCAAUCUGUUUGGGGCGUAAUCGGUGUGGAAUUCUGCAGUGGAAAAAAGAGCGGCGGAAACCUCGUCCGAAUUUUCGCGGUGGCAUCAAGGGCUGUUCCGCCACCUAAGGACAAGGUGUGAGUAAGCAUCGACCGGAGCCAUGGGCACGACGUAUGUCCGUCUCACAGCACCAGGCUCGUUCUGCGAGCAGGGUGUGGUUUGCAUAUCGCCUCACGGUUCCGACAUCCUCCGGGUGUUCAAUCUCAGCGACCAAGGCAUGGAACGACUAAGUUCUGCAAUCACCUCCACGUGGAGCCGAGGGAUCAAGAGCGGCGCGUGGCAGGCUGACAAGCUCUACGAGUUUAGAUUCCACGGCAAUCCGUGGCCAGGCGCGGGUGCUGAGGCGAUUCAGUCUCGACGCCUCAUGGUCGGCAUUUUCCGUUGCAUGCUAGGUAUGGGCUAUGGCUUGGCCCUGAGCCCCAACGUGAGUAAGCGCCAAGGCGCCAAGGAUGCCUGGGUAUUUCUUCAGCGCUUCGACAGCUGGCGGUGCUCGGAUCCCCGUGACAUAUUUGCCAUCUCAUUUAACCGAGCCAACCGAAUACGGAUCAUCGACGCCAAGGACGAGAUUACUGCCCUCAUUACGCACGUGGCGGGUCGGUAUUGGAGGAAAGGAACUGCGAAGAUAGGUAGUUAUGAAGGCGUGCCAGAGAUAGAGCUGGCAGGGAGUCCAUGGGAUGCAAACGGGAAGGACUCGACGGCAAAUCGAGUGCUGGUGGCGCAGCUGGUGGCGGGGUUGGCAGGGGCCGGGUACACCGUGUACGCGUCGCUGGCCAGCGAACGAGGGAACGGCUGCCGACCCGACUCCUGGGUAGUUGUCAAGAACCCGCCCACUUUGACUGGAAACACUUAGGAGAUAGUUAGGAGAUAGACUAACUUCUUCAUGUUUCUCCCUUUUUUCCUCUCAUGCCUCUACCCUUCUUAGCUCGUCCACUUCUGCCCUACGAGACGGGACGGGACGGGACGGGAUUCCCCCCUUCUUUGUCGAUUUAGACUAGACUAUCAAGAGAUUGAGUUGGCUGAUUACUCUGCUUUCUUCACUGUUGUUAGCUUCGUUGCUUGUUCUUUGCCUGUGCGCACGAGUGAGUGUAUGCUAGUGUCUGAGAAUUACCAAUCAAAGUGUCCUCUGUCUCUGUGUGUGUGUGUGUGUGUGUGUGUGUGUGUGUGUGUGUGUGUGUGUUCGCUGUAUACAACUCCACAAAAAAGCAUGACCGUGCAAGACUGUUUCGUCGGACUUUCACCGACUCAUCAGCAGGUUUUGUGUGUGUGUGUUGGCUGCGUGCGUGUGUGCACGUGCACGUGUGUUUCGUAUUGUAGGAGGUGUGUAGGUGGGUAUGCCUCCGUGUGCGCACCAUCCCCUUCAUCAGAUACAUGAGGGGACCGCCGCAGCCCCUUUUACGAAAAAAAAGAGGAGUACUAACAGUGCUAACAUCCGGUCAUCUUCAUCUUCAAGGACGCCUGCCCUGGGUUUUGCCUACGUCGGGGUGGUCUUUCGGCAUCAUCUAUGGUGAAUCAUCCGAGCACGUGCGUCCUGCGACGAGGAUCAAACUGAAAAAAAGUGAUGAUGAUGGCGAUGAUAACUGAAAGGUGACGAAGAUGAGGACGAUGGAUGGCAACACCAAACGGAGGUCGGUGGGAUAUAUAAAAAAAAGAGUGAAUUCGAUAGUGAAUUCGGAGGCAGUGAUCAGAACCUGCAGGACGGGAAAGAGACUACUUUCUACUUUCUGCUUUCUCCACUCUAAUCCAAGCCACGAACUUGUUACCUGUCCUUCCUCGUCUUUCCCGCGCUGUGAUUGGCACAUGACAACGCGGGAAAGACGAGGAUGGCACAUGACAACGAAUCGAAGACAGGAGCAUUUGAACUCUUUUAAGUGCUACGGAAACCUGCGUGAACGUGCAGCCUGAACACUGCGGCGGUUCUGACGUACACGCUUCGUCGGCUCUGUGUUUGACUAAUCAUCCCUGUAUAAUUGUAAAUACUGUAAGCAAAAACGCCUGUAGGUAGGAUUCUCUCUAUAUCUAUCUAUCUGUCUAUCUAUCUAUCCAGCGCUGCACACCAGUUCUGAAAACAGGGGUCUCUUCAUACUACUGUAAUUACGAAUAAAAGACAAAGGAGUUUUUGAAUUCCAAGAGGUACGGAAAUCUGCUUGAAGUUGAAGCCUGAACAUUGAGGCGGUCUGACGUACAAGCGUCCUCGGCUCCGUGUUUGACCAUUCAUGCAUCUAUAAUCAAAUAUUAAUCAUAAA